AUGCGGCGCGCGCGGCCGGAGGCCGGGGAGCUCAACCCUACACGCCACCGAACGUGCGCGCGCCAUCCCGACGUAAAUAAGACGCGCGCAUGUGUGUCUCCAGUGAAGAAUGAUGAGUUGGAGCCGGAGCCGGAGCCGUCGACCAGACUGUACGCGUGGGUGCGGGUGCGGGUGCGGGAUGAUAAGGUCGAGGAGAUCAAUGAGAGUCAAGCGAAGAGGAAUCAGAGGACGGGUAACUACAAGAUCUCUAUAUCACUAUAUAAGGGACGUGCGCGCCCGGUGCUUCUUCAUCCUGAUCCCUUGAAGCAGCUCUCUCUCCCUCUCUCCCCCCCUCUCUCUCUCUCUCUCCAUUUGAAGCGAACCUUCAUAGAAUUAGUACGUGGAGGAUUAACUGCAGAGACAAUCAGAGAGAGGGACAUAAUGUCGAGGGAGCGCAAGAAGGCGGCUGCUCUACAGGAGAAGAUGCAGAUUCUGCGCUCCAUCACUCAUUCCCACGCGCUGAGCAAUCCUUCCAUAGUCAUGGACGCGUCGGAGUACAUCAAGGGGCUGAAGCAGAAGAUCGCCAGGCUCAAUCAGGAGAUCGCACGCGAGGAAGACGCACACUCGCGCAAGCAGAACUCUUUCCCCACGGUGAGCGUUGAAGCCCUAGGGCAUGGGUUCCUCGUGAACGUGUCCUCCGACAAGAGCUGCCCUGGGUUGCUCGUCGCCGUGCUGGAGGCGUUCGAGGAGCUGGGCCUCACCGUGCUCCAGGCCACGGCGUCUUGCGCCGAUACGUUCCGCCUCGAGGCCGUCGGAGGAGGAGAGAACCAGGCGGGGAGUGUGGAUGAGGGUGUCAUCAGGCGGGCGGUGCAGCAGGCCAUCACCAACUGCGGCGCGGAGCAAGGGGAUCAGUAGCACCCCCACAUUUUCUUCUCGAUCGAUCUGCCCUUUGCAAAGUUUUAUGGCUCUUCUCUCGAUCUAACGGAUGAGCUGCGAUGAUAUAUGCAUCCAGUUCAAUCUUUAGCAAUUCACCUUGUACUAUCUGUUGAUGAGUGAUGAUGAUGGUAAUUCUAUGGAAAUUGUAGGUA